AUGAAUCCCAGUGGCUCUGAAGAGUCCCAGUUGACUCAAGAGAAGAGCAACAAGUCCUACACCUACGAUGGUGUCAAGGGAUGGCGUGGCUACAGGAUACUCCGGCCUUGUCGGGGCAUGUAUCACUAUAUUCGAUGCCGACUGCCAUACUACGCCACUGACAUUACUGAUGCAUUCACCUAUCGUACGGUUGCCAGCAUCAUCUGGAUGUACUUCGUUAAGUCACUCGCCAACACCAGACCCCUGAUGUCCAUUACAUACACUAACAUCUUCAGCUUACUCCCCGCCCUGGCCUACACCCUCGACAUGACCAGACGAACCGGCUACUUCUACGGCGUCAACGAGGCGCUCUUCGUCUCCGCCCUGGCUGCCAUGGUCUUCAGCCUCCUAUCCGCGCAGCCCCUGACCAUCGUGGGCAUCACGGGGCUGAUCUCGCUGUUUAACUACACCAUCUACGACAUCAUCAGCGUGUACGACAUCGCACUGUACCCGCGGUUCAUGGCCUGGACGGGCAUCUGGGCAGCCAUAUUCCACUGGCUAGUGGCCGGCUUUAAUGCUUGCGAUAACAUGCGCUAUGUGACGGAUUUCUCGAGUGAGAGUUUUGGGCUGGAGUGGAAGAGCUCGUCAACGAGUUCACCGACUCCGGGAACUCCCCAGGGCUACCUGAGCUGCUUGAUCGCAAUCCUCUACUUCGGCUCGGUGUACGGUCUAGAGAAACUCGGAGCCAGCAUUCUGUGGAAGCCAUGGUUCCGUGGCAUCCUGUCAGAUUAUGCCUACGUCCUCACUACCUUGUUCUGGGUGGGCUUCUCCCAUAUCCCUGGCAAUCUGCAGAAUACGGACAUUUCCCAAAUCCCGACGGGCGCCCCUUUUCACCCAACCCAACCGCGGAGCUGGUUGCUGGACUUCUGGAAUCUUGAAAUCAAAUGGGUAUUCGUGGCCUUGCCAUUUGGGUUCCUGGUGAUGCUGUUAUUCUACUAUGAUCAUAACGUCAGCAGUAUCACAGCACAAGCUCGCCAAUUCCCUCUCAGGAAGCCAGGAGGUUUCCACUGGGACUUCUUCCUCCUUGGCUGCCCGACAUUUGUCUCCGGUAUCCUCGGUCUUCCCCUGCCCAACGGGCUAGUCCCGCAGGCACCGGUCCAUACUGAUUCGUUGACGGUCUAUGAAACUCGAGUGAAGAUCAUCCCAACGGUCGAAGGGGAACAGACAGAGAUUCGACGUCCUGUCACCGGAGCGACUGCAGUUGUGGAGCAGAGGGUAGCCCACUUCGUCAUGGGCUUGGCUCUCAUCGAAUCCAACGGCAUAGUCCAAAAGCUGAUCUACCUCAGCAUCGAAAAGCGCUUCAUCCAGCGCGACGACCCGCUGCUAAGCGGCAGCCGCCUCAAGACCAUCGCCUACAUCAGCCUGCAGCUCUUCGGCGUCGCCAUCACGGUCGCUAUCUUCCAGAGCAUCGCCGCCAUUGGCUUCCCGGUGCUGAUUAUCCUGCUUAUCCCGCUGCGGGCGGUGCUCAUGCCGAAGUGGGACACGCUGCAUGAGUUGCAGGUCUUGGAUGAUCUGACUGCUAGUAAUGAGGUUGUGCUUGCUAGUCUGGGAGGCGCGCCGGUGAUGGCGGAGCAUACGCGGAGGGGGAUUGGGGGUUGGAGAGGAGGCGGAGCGAGGAGAGGCAUGGGGUGCAUAGACAGAGAGUUGGAAGCAUUGCUCGUUGAGCAGCAGGCGUUGGAGGCGUGGCUUUGA